AUGGAUAUUCCCAGCGCCCCCACCUCCAAGUGCAUCACUUACUGGAAGCGAAAGGUGAAGUCCGAGUACAUGCGGCUCCGGCAGCUCAGGCGGCUGCAGGCCAACAUGGGCGCCAAGGCUCUGUAUGUGGCAAAUUUUGCAAAGGUUCAAGAAAAAACCCAAAUCCUUAACGAGGAAUGGAAGAAACGCCGGGUGCAGCCUGUGCAGUCGAUGAGGCCUGUGAGCGGACACGCUUUCCUCAAAAAGUGCACCGUGGAGAGCCUCUUCCCGAGCUUCGCCAGCCAGCACAUGCUGAUGCGGUCCCUGAACACCGUGGCGCUGGUCCCCAUCAUGUACUCCUGGUCCCCGCUGCAGCAGAACUUCAUGGUGGAAGACGAGACGGUGCUGUGCAAUAUUCCCUACAUGGGGGACGAGGUGAAGGAGGAGGACGAGACGUUCAUCGAGGAGCUGAUCAACAACUACGACGGCAAAGUCCACGGCGAGGAAGACAUGAUCCCUGGCUCCGUCCUCAUCAGCGAUGCUGUCUUCCUGGAGCUGGUGGACGCCCUGAACCAGCACUCGGACGAGGAGGAGGAAGGGCACAAUGACGCCGUGGACGGGAAGCAGGGUGACGGGCAAGAGGACCUGCCGGUGACGCGGAAGAGGAAGCGACACGCCGCGGAGGGCAGCAAAAAGAGUUCCAAGAAACAGUUCCCCAAUGACAUGAUCUUCAGUGCCAUUGCCUCGAUGUUCCCGGAGAGCGGCGUCCCGGACGACAUGAAGGAGAGGUACCGGGAGCUGACGGAGAUGUCCGACCCCAACGCGCUCCCGCCGCAGUGUACGCCCAACAUCGACGGCCCCAACGCCAAGUCCGUGCAGCGCGAGCAGUCCCUGCACUCCUUCCACACGCUGUUCUGCCGCCGCUGCUUCAAGUACGACUGCUUCCUGCACCCUUUCCACGCCACCCCGAACGUGUACAAACGGAAGAACAAGGAGAUCAAGAUCGAGCCAGAGCCCUGCGGCUCCGACUGCUUCCUGCUGCUGGAGGGCGCCAAGGAGUACGCCGUGCUCCACAACCCGCGCUCCAAGUGCUCCGGGCGCAGGCGGCGGCGGCACCACGGAGUCAGCGCUUCCUGCCCCAGCGCCUCCACCUCCGCCGUGACUGAGACAAAGGAAGGGGACAGUGACAGGGACACGGGCAAUGACUGGGCCUCCAGCUCUUCAGAGGCCAACUCGCGCUGCCAGACACCCACGAAGCAGAAGGCCAGCCCCGCGCCUGCCCAGCUCUGCGUGGUCGAAGCCCCGUCGGAGCCCGUGGAGUGGACAGGGGCUGAGGAGUCUCUGUUCCGCGUCUUCCAUGGCACCUACUUCAACAACUUCUGCUCCAUCGCCAGACUCCUGGGCACAAAGACGUGCAAGCAGGUCUUCCAGUUUGCGGUGAAAGAAUCGCUCAUCCUGAAGCUGCCCACCGACGAGCUCAUGAACCCCUCGCAGAAGAAGAAGAGGAAACACAGGUUGUGGGCCGCGCACUGCAGGAAAAUUCAGCUGAAGAAAGACAACAGCGCCACACAAGUGUACAACUACCAGCCCUGCGACCACCCGGACCGGCCCUGUGACAGCACCUGCCCCUGCAUCAUGACCCAGAAUUUCUGCGAGAAGUUCUGCCAGUGCAACCCAGACUGUCAGAACCGCUUCCCCGGCUGCCGCUGCAAGACGCAGUGCAACACCAAGCAGUGCCCCUGCUACCUGGCGGUGCGCGAGUGCGACCCCGACCUGUGCCUCACCUGCGGGGCCUCGGACCACUGGGACGCCAAGGUGGUGUCCUGCAAGAACUGCAGCAUCCAGCGCGGCCUCAAAAAGCACCUGCUGCUGGCCCCCUCGGAUGUGGCCGGCUGGGGCACCUUCAUCAAGGAGUCGGUGCAGAAGAACGAGUUCAUCUCCGAGUACUGCGGCGAGCUCAUCUCCCAGGACGAGGCUGACCGGCGAGGGAAGGUCUACGACAAGUACAUGUCGAGCUUCCUCUUCAACCUCAACAACGAUUUUGUGGUGGAUGCUACUCGGAAAGGAAACAAAAUCCGAUUUGCAAACCAUUCUGUGAACCCCAACUGCUACGCCAAAGUGGUCAUGGUGAACGGGGAUCACCGCAUCGGCAUCUUCGCCAAGAGGGCGAUUCAGGCGGGCGAAGAGCUCUUCUUUGACUACAGGUGA